GCUGGCGGCGGCGGCGGCGGCUGCGGGCGGAGGACGCGCGGAGCGGCGGACGCGCGGGCGCCCUCACCUCGCCGGCUCCCCGGCUGCCCGGCUUCCUUUUGUCCUUCUGGGCGGCGAUGAGCGCAGCGCCGGCGCGUCGGCUGCGGGCGCACCGAGGAGGCCCGCGCUCCUAAGCACCCUUUCCCGGCCUCGGCGCCCUCGUCCCCGGCAGCGGCCCGUUGCGGGCGGCGCCGAACUUGAGCUCGGAGAGCCGGCGGCGGACCGCGUCCUGCGCCGGAGCAGGGCAUGGUCUAGCGGUUGCCCCAGAACACGAGCCAGCCCGGAGGGUGUGACCCGGUCCCCGACUCAGCCUCCGCUCAGCCUCCGGUGUGAUUCCCGCCACCACCGUUGCCGACCAUGGGCAAGCAGAACAGCAAGCUGCGGCCCGAGGUGCUGCAGGACCUCCGGGAGAACACGGAGUUCACGGACCAUGAGCUGCAGGAAUGGUACAAGGGCUUCCUCAAGGACUGCCCCACCGGCCACCUGACCGUGGACGAGUUCAAGAAGAUCUACGCCAACUUCUUCCCCUACGGCGACGCCUCCAAGUUCGCCGAGCACGUCUUCCGCACCUUCGACACCAACGGGGAUGGCACCAUUGACUUCCGGGAGUUCAUCAUCGCGCUGAGCGUCACCUCGCGGGGCAAGCUGGAGCAGAAGCUCAAGUGGGCCUUCAGCAUGUACGACCUGGACGGCAACGGCUACAUCAGCCGCAGCGAGAUGCUGGAGAUCGUGCAGGCCAUAUACAAAAUGGUGUCGUCCGUGAUGAAGAUGCCCGAGGACGAGUCCACUCCGGAGAAGCGGACGGACAAGAUCUUCAGGCAGAUGGACACGAACAAUGACGGCAAACUGUCGCUGGAAGAAUUCAUCAAAGGUGCCAAGAGCGACCCCUCCAUCGUCCGGCUGCUGCAGUGUGACCCCAGCAGCGCCAGCCAGUUCUGAGGGACCCCGGCCCGGGCAGUCGAGGAGAAGCACAGGCUCGUCCGUCUGUCCCGCUGUCCAAGCUUAGCUUGCAGAAGCGGCCGCCGCCUCGGUCAUCCCUGCCUUCCCGGACUGCGCACCCCUUCCCUACCCCAGUCCUCCGCGGUCCCCGCCCAGACCCCUCCAUCCCUCCCAGGCGACUCCCCGGGAUGUUUACCCCGCAGACUCCCUGGGGGUCUUGCACGCCUGGGCCACCUCUGCACGCACAGGCAGCCCGGAGGACACCCCCUGCGGGGGGACCCCAGGCAGUUUCUCCAAGCGCGCCCAGGCUGGCUGGCUUCCUCGGUGAGCGCAGGGCGGUGACUGACUCUGUGGGCGAGGUGGGGACCGGAGCGGAGGGAGCGUCGCCGGACAAGCCCUUCCUGUGCAUGGCCGCACCCAGCGCCUCCUGCAUGUCCGUGUACUGUGGUCUCCUUCCUCUGAGUCCCUCAGUGACGCGUCAGGUGGAGUGUCCGUGACUGGUGCCGUGUCGGUUGUGUGUUCAUGCCUCGAUCACCUUUGCACCGUGGCUCCUCCGUGGCCCGUGCCCCCUCCGAGCCUGGUUCUUUUGUGGUAUUUAUGCAUUCUCCGUCUCCACAGGAAACGCAUGCACGCCCGAGGCCCCGCGCCCCGGCUCCUAUAAAGGGUUCGUUGUUGUCGCUGUCCAGUGAUCUGGCAUUUCCUGUAUUAAAAAUGAUCCUGUCAACCCAA